AUGACGCUCUAUUACUCGCUUGUCUUCGUGCUCCUCGUAGCAGAGAUGUCCCUCUUCAUGCUACUCGUCGUCCCGAUGCCAUUCACCUUCCGACGAAAGAUGUUUACCUUCCUUUCCGAAAAUCCCGUCGUAGCUAAAUUACAGUAUUGGCUGAAAAUUACCUUCGUUUUUAUCCUUAUACUAUUCCUAGACAGCGUUAAUCGCGUCUACCGCGUGCAACUUGAGCUUGCCGCCGCAACCGAUACAGCAAAGGGCACUGCAGCGGUGAUGGGCCACGAGCGUCUCGAAGUUCAAGCUCGCAAAUUCUACAGCCAGCGGAACAUGUACCUGUGCGGUUUUACCCUGUUCCUGUCGCUGAUCCUGAACCGAACAUACACGAUGAUCCUAGAGGUUCUCCGGCUUGAGGAGAAGGUCAAGCAAUACGAGGGCACGGACCGCAAGACUAAGGAAAGCGAGAAGCUAGCUGAGGCCGGCAAGCCUGGCGAGAUUGCCCGUCUCCGCACCGAGAUCGAGAAGCGCGACCGCGAUAUCGAGACCCUCAAGAAGCAGGCCGACGGCUUGUCCAGGGAGUACCACGACCUCUGCGAGAAGUAUGGCGAGACUCUACCCCCCGCUGGCACCCGCAAGAACAAAUAG